AUGGAUGAAGAAUAUGAUGUUAUAGUACUUGGUACUGGGCUUACCGAGUGUGUGCUCUCAGGACUCUUAUCGGUUGAGGGCAAGAAGGUUCUCCAUAUCGACCGUCAAAACUUCUACGGAGGGGAAUCAGCAUCAUUAAAUUUGUCUCAAUUGUACUCCAAAUUUAAGCCACUGUCUCAAAAACCAGACAACCUUGGCGGGAGAGACAGAGACUGGUGUGUCGACUUGAUUCCUAAGUUUUUAAUGUCCAAUGGUGAAUUGACCAACAUCUUAGUCCACACCAAUGUUACCCGUUACAUAGAAUUUAAGCAAAUUGCAGGUUCAUAUGUUUACAGAAGCGGUAGAAUUGCCAAGGUUCCUUCAAACGAAAUUGAAGCCAUCAAGUCCUCCUUAAUGGGGAUUUUUGAAAAGCGUAGAAUGAAGAGAUUUUUAGAAUUUAUUGCCAAGUACAAUGACGAUGAAGCUUCAACACACCAAGGGUUGAAUUUAGAUUCAAACACCAUGAACGAAGUCUACAACCAUUUCGGAUUAGAAACUGGUACUAAGGACUUUAUUGGACACGCCAUGGCUUUAUGGUCGAAUGAUGACUACUUGAAUGAAGUAGCAAGACCAACCUACGAAAGAAUCAUGUUGUACGUCCAAUCAGUUGCCAAAUACGGUAAAUCUCCUUAUAUCUACCCGUUGUAUGGAUUAGGAGAAUUACCUCAAGGUUUUGCUAGAUUAUCAGCCAUCUAUGGUGGUACAUACAUGUUGGAUACUCCAAUUGAUGAAGUAUUAUACAGCGAAGAUGGCAGCAAGUUUGCUGGGGUCAAGACUAAGGAAGGUACUGCAAGAGCCCCAAUUGUCAUUGCAGACCCAACAUAUUUCCCAGAAAAGGUGAAGAAGACUGGCCAAAGAGUCAUAAGAGCAAUGUGCAUAAUGGACCACCCAGUUGCCAAUACCAAUGAAUUAGAUUCUUUGCAAUUGAUUAUCCCUCAGAACCAGAUUGGCCGUAAGAGUGAUAUUUACAUUGCCGUCUUAUCAGACCAGCAUAUGGUUGUCCCUAAGGGAUACUACUUGGCAAUUGUCUCCACGAUCAUUGAGACUGAUCUGCCACAUGUUGAGUUGGAGCCUGCCUUCAAACUCUUGGGAACUAGGUUAGACACUUUAAUGGGCAUUGCUGAAUUGUAUGAACCAGUAGAUGAUGGUACUGCAGAUGGAAUCUACUUAUCUAAGAGUUAUGAUCCUACUUCACAUUUUGAAAGUACAACCGAUGACAUAAAGGAUAUUUAUUUUAGAGUUAUGGGUAAGCCAUUGGUAUUGAAGAAGAGGGCCGACGGCGAAGAAGAAGAAGAAGCAUUAAACGGAUUAGAAUAA